AUGGCUCCCAAGAAAAUGAUAACUCGGUUAAAUUCAAUCACAUCAUCAUCAAAUAUCGAAACACCAAAAUGUCCAACAGAUCAAGACUUAAGAGAACUUGGUUUAAAUCCAUAUCAACUCGAACCUCCAAAUUGGAGAUUACCAAUUCAACUUAAUCAACCUAUACUUGGUUAUCCUGGUUUACAUCCAACUCAUCCUGGUCAACAAGAAGAUGCUAUCACAAAAUCAUUGGUUCAAAGUGGCUUUAGCGCUAGAACUUUGGUCGGAGCUUCAAUUGGUUCUUAUCGUAUUCAUCAGACAGAAUCUUUUUCAGCUCAUCAAAUGAUAUAUAAGAAACUGAGUGAUGACUCUAAUUUCAAUCUUUCAUCGGCCGGUCUCUCAGCUUUAAUCGAGGCUCGCCGAAGGUAUUGCGCUAUCAAUCAAUAUGAUACCAAGUCUACCAUCAAGAUACCAGGAAGAGUCACACUUAAUGAUCAAAAACGAGAAAAUUGGUUAAGAGAAUUAGCAGAUCCACACGUUCCACUCUUGAAGCUUUCUAAAAACGUACCACAUGGCUAUAAAGGUGAAAAAUUAUUAGAAAUGCUUGUUCAACGUCGAGUUGAACCUGUUCGAGCGGUUUGGUAUAUCAGAUUGAUUGGCUUAAAUGAUAUCAUUGCUCAAAGAAAUAAAAACGAUUUAAUGCAAAUCAAAUAUACCAUCACUUUUACCAGCGAAUUAUGUCAAUUUCUUCAAAAGCAACUGGGAGAAGUUACUGUCCCUUUACAACUGAAUAUUUCCUCUACAACUAGUUUGAUCACUGGUAGUAGCCGAUUGGCUGGAAUGAAUGUUAGAAGUAAACUACGCUCAAGUACCUUAUCGGAUCCUGAGACUAGGAAAAGCUGGGUAGCCAAGUUCACGCACACCACACAGAUCUUGAAAAGACUAUAUACCGAUAGUCUGUUAGAUAAGCCUACUUUGUUCAAAUGGUUGGUUGAUCAAUUGAAAUUGGCCAACUUGGCUCAAGUCCAUUUCUUAUUAGACAUCCACCAAUUGGUUGUUAAUAAGUUUUGCUUGUCAUCAAACAUUGUCAGAGGUUUUGUAGAAGCCUCCCUGUCUCAGAUUCGAGUGAUCAACAAACAGCGUUCAACUUCGUACUUGUCCAAGUUGGAGCUUCGACUCAAGUUGGCUGUCCAGAGCUCUUUCAUCAUUUGUGCAGAUAAUUUCGUCUGGCCUGACCUGUGGAUGCCGAACCGAGUUUUACUGGAGAGUAUCAUCAUGUCUUGUACCAGUGGAUCAGAUCCGGAUCUUGACCCAUUACAACAGAACAUCUCAAGCGUCGAGGUAAAAGAAAUGUUACGAAAUGAUUUUUUUUCAGUUGAUUGGAGGGUCAGUGAGAUGGUGGGAGAUCUCGGUGUCGGUACUGGACCUCCGGGCAACACGUUUACGCGCCGGGCUCAGUUGGUGGAAAUCUUAGAUGGGUUUUCGGAUUAUCAUGACUGUUCGAAGCUCUAUUAUACUUAUUUUCUUAAUCCUGAGCCCGGUGAGAUAACCACAUUCAAAGAUCGAAUCGAGGUAUUGUUAUCAUGGUCAACAACCCCAUUCAGAACUCUGGAUCAUCGUGUUUUUUUGACGUGUAACAUAUUAGCAUGUGUAAAAAAAGAUAAAAAGAUUACUGUUGAAGAAUUUCAAAACCAUUUGAUCGCAUGGUUAGAGCAGGUUGAGACCAAUGAAGGUGGUGAUAUGCUAGUCAGACUAUUUUCGGAACUUUCAAGAAGAAGUAUUUUCUCUUAUGGCGCUUAUAUUCAAAGAAUGGUGGCUAAAGGUGACAUGGAAGACGAUAUCAUGGCCGGUAAAUCAAGUGGGUUACAGACGCUGCUUCGCGAAUGGAUGCCAAUGGCGUCAACUUCAAAAGCGUCUCGGUCUGGCUAUAACCACUUGAGACGUUCCCCUGGACGAGAUGCUGCUCGUAAUGGAUUGUUAUCUGCCUUUUCUGACAUCACCAUUUCAUUGGCGGCACCAGAUUAUCAACAAUUCUUCAAUACUCUUAAUUGUCAAUUGGAAGUCUCCAAGCCAACUUCAGCAAAUCGCAAAAUGGUGACCGAGAUCUUACCAGACCCGGUGAUUCGUAUGGUCUCUGAUCUCUCGUCUUUCAGUUCAGCAACUUCGACUACUUAUCAUAGUAGAUCCAAUUCACCUAUACAACUCGCAUCCGCAGUCCUUCUAUGGGCAAUCCAGAUACUAGAGUCCUGUAAAGCCUAUACAACUCUCUACAAUGUGAUCCAUUCAGUCAUACUACGUGUGUUAGAUGGGAUUGAUACAUACGAACAAAAUUCCAAUGAACAAACCACUUCUCUUUCCAAUUCUCAUAUUAUCCAAUCUCGGUUCUGUUGCCUUCACGUGGUCUGUGUGGCUGUAAUGAGCUCGCAUCGGAUUUUUGAGAUCGAAGGUCAUUUGACCGGUUUGAUUUCACAGAUGACAAACGCAUAUGUUCGACUUCGGCGAUUUAACUCGAAUGCUGGAAGUACUAUCUAUCUCCAAUUCGUUAGGUCAUUUAGGGCACUCAUUAUGGAAAGCCGAUUUCCAGAUGGGCAGAUACUGGAUCUUUUGAAUAAAGACAGUAAUGAGUUUCCAGCUAUCGCUCUGUUAGACCCAAAUCCCGAAAGCUCGAGCCCUAUCACCGAGGACGCUAUGCGUUUCAUCACGCGUGAUAUUAUUCAAUUGCUCAAUGAACCAUCACCUGAGAUUGCUUCGAGUCUUUUAUCUAAGAUCUGGGAGGUUUACGGACAUGAGCCGAUGGGUGGACCUUCAAUUUGGAACUCCUUUAUUUCUGGCCUCGAUAUAUUCUUCCGGAAUGAAUCUGCGUUGGAUCCCUCUCCUGAUCGAUUCUUACAAUUACGGAGUACAACCAGAAGCACAGUCUUACAAUUCUGCGAAGAGUUGAAUGCGCGCAGUGAAGGUGGUCUGAUCAACUGCCUUGUUCAGGGAGGGACGCUUCCGCCCGUUGAAAUCGAAGAGUCAGGUUUAAUUUGUGACGAAGGAGUUCAAGAAACAGCUAGACUCACUUCAGAAGAAGGUGAAGAGCGCGAAGAAAUCGAUGAACCUACUCCGGGUCACUCGGAAUUACACGUGGGCCCGACCUUGUCACCAAUCUUGCAGAUGCUGUACUUGGAAUUAGUAUCUAUUGGUGUGCUGAGCCUCGAGACUGUGCUAGAAGAAGUGAUCCUCAAGCCUUUGAUUGACUUACCUGAGUCUAUCAGUCGAAUGAUGACUUCUGGAGAAGAUAAGGGGGAAACGGAGAAGGAUCAGGCUGUAACUCGUCAGAAGGUUUUAGGACAUUUAUCAGACAUAUAUGAUUUAACACACGCUCUUCUCCUCAAUCAUUCGCCAUUCGAAGUUGGUAGAGUAGGUAGCGAGGCCGAAACGCCUAUCGGGGCGUAUGAACGUACGAUCAGUGGUUUUGUUGACGGCGAAGCUAGGAAUUACGUUGAGAUCUUCAUCGAUCGGUCACUCAGUACAUGGAAACUCAAGUCUGAGAGGUACAGAUGGCUUGAACAGUCACCAGCUGGUCCAGCUUUCUACAGUCGUUUGGUUUUGUCACUUUUACUUACGAUGAAAGGAUUGCUCGAUUUGAUGAAAGCUGACGACAAUGAUGCGACCAUGAAGGAGGAUGUUGGCCAAGGAGAGAUCAUCGAAGAUCAUCCAAGUCCACAUGUUAUAUCUUCUAAUCGUUUCUUGAGAGAACUCAUAGAAUCUCUAGAGCGGUUUCGAAUCAUGAUAACCUGUGAACUGGCAGUCAUCAAACGUGUCAUCAAUCAUCGGGCAGAUUUGAUUUUGGAUCCUUUAUUGGAAUUCUUGGCUAACAAUAACACGGAGUUGGCAUUUAACAACAACAUGGUCCGAACAAUUGAUGACCUACUACCUUACUCUCUACCAACCGAUCUAGUGUCUUAUAAAUACCCAUACCUUGAAUCGAUCUUCAAGUCCACUUGUAUUUUCACUCAUGGAGCACGCACUCGCCAGUUUCAACUUCAUCUCAGACUUCUUCUUUCUGGCAGUCCACCACAGAUUGAUGAUAAGCCGCCUCCUACCGAUGUUAACUCUGUCCUAGGCCCAUUGGUAGAAGUACUAGCUCGGAAGCUACAUCUGACAGAUUCUAAAGAACCUUCACCCCUCUUUUUGAGCCAUCUGCUUCCUGCUGUUGCUGAAGCGGUUGUGAUCAAGUUAUCAGCAUAUCUAGGAAUUUCAAUUUUCAAGCUCGUUACCCCGUCUCAACAAGAUCCAGAUUACGAGAUCUCACGUAUUCAUCACAUAUGUCGAUGUAUCACUGAAUUAACUCACCAACUCACCAAUAGAACAUUUCAUAUGAAUGGAGAUGUAGUAGCCAAGAGUAUUGGAGGAACAGGACAAUUGAUGUGUAAUGCUACUUUAGAUUCAUAUCUUUCUUAUUGGAAUCAACUCAAGAAUGGAAUCACUACUUUUGGAGGAAAGUUUAUUGAGAAUGCUUAUACGGAUCAUAAUUCGGGAUUAAAACAAUCUGAUAGUCGUACUAUCAGAAGUCUUUUGCAUUCUAUUCAAGUUAUGUUAUGGGCUUUACCUGGUUUAGUCUCUCAUUUAGGGUCUGUGAAAUUUACCAUUUCUGAACUCUUGGUCGAUAUAGCAAUGUGUGCGCAAGCUCAACCUAGUUUGAUGACUCAGAUCAUGGAUACGGUUGGAGUCUUACUGUUUCCAUCUAUUCCUGAUGAUAUGGCAUUGACAUCAGCCGUCGGGGUGAUGCGAAAACGGUUAAGGUGGUUACAUAUACCGAUAUCUCAUCUUGAAGCACCUUGUACUGAUAUCUUACCAAUGGAUCGACUCAAAUACAUCCUUGGAUCAUCUUUACGUGGUACUACUACAACCUUUCAAGAACGACCAAAGGAUGGUUGGGUGAAACUUGUAGAGGAAAAAAGUUGGGAAGAGUUAGAAAAGAUGGAUCCUGUUGGACCUGCGUUUAUCAGUAUCGAUGCACUCAAGUGUCAGACGUUAAGUCAAGUGGAGGUAGUACCAGAGGGUAGACGUAAUACGAAGAAUAAGAUGAGAUCUGAACAAGAAAAUGUAAUUCGAAGCGCUACAACAGAUGAUUCGAAAACGAAUGAUGGUAUGGAUGAAAAUGAAAAUAAUCAAGGGGGACAAGAAGAUGAAGAUGAUGAAGAAGACGAAGAGAUUGUGAAAGGAGAUCGAGAGAAUUUUGAACAUGAAUUAAAUACUGAUGUACUUUCGACAAUGCCAUUACAUUUCUUAAGAUCACUUUAUCCAUCUAGGAGUCGAUUAGAAGGAACUUAUCAAGUUCAUGCACCAAUCAAUCAUAUGGAUCUUGAAUCUGCUCGUGAUCAUCAAACUAGACUUGAAAUCCAAACUCUCAAGAGAUUAGCAAAUGAAGGCAUGGCAAUGAAUUCCGAACCAGACGAACCUAAUCAAUCAACAUCAGGAUCAGGAGGAAAAACACAAGUACAGACGACUCCGAUUCAUGUACCUGCACCAACUAGGAAAAGAAAGAUUGGACAGAAUGAAUUGGCAGCUGUACAUGCGGAAGAAUCAAUACUCGAACCUGAAGAUCCUAGUACUCAUAAUGGACCUACACUUCGAUCUACUAGAAGUACUAGAAGGAAAUCUACUGCUAUAGCACCUCCACCUGUUCCAGCUCCUUCGAAUAAAAGAAGUAAAAGAAGAUGA